CUCAGUUGCUGGCGAGGAGGGCGAAGGAUUGUUAUGUGAGCCAGUGUUCGAAUCCCUCUCUCUCCCUCCCUCUCUCUCUCUCUACCCCUCUCUAUCUCUACCUCACUAGCUCUCAGAACCGUGGAAAUUAAAAAAAGAGAGAUAAUGUGAGAGAGAGGCACCGUUCCGUGUGUGUGAGAGAGAUUGAAAAAAAGAAAGAAAAAGGAAGAAGAUUGUGUCGGGGGCAGAAACGUCGACUCGGUUUAGUGUUUUUUUUUGUGUGUGUUUUUAUUUAUUUAUUUAUUAUUAUUAUUAUUAUUGGUGAUGUUGUUGAUGUUGAUGGUGGUAGUGAUAUUGUUUUCGUGAAGUGACUGGUAUUACUACUACUACUACUACUACUACUACUACUACUACUACUACUGCACCUGUCACUACUACUACUACUACUACUACUACUACUACUACUACCUCUUCAGUAAUAAUCCUCCUCCUCCUCCUCCUCCUACUCCUCCUCUUCCUACUACUACUACUACUACUACUACUACUACAACCACUACUACCACUACUACUACCACUACUACUACUACUACUACUGCUGCUGCUGCCAUUCCUGCUCCUGCUGCGUCUGCUACGAUUGCCACUCGUUAAACAGGUCACCAUGGCGCCCCCCCGGACCCCUCUGACCUCCGCCGCCGCCUCCUGCUAGCUAGGGGUCCGCGCCCCCGCCCCCCGCCCUCCCCCUGCCGCCCCCCCCUCCCCCAGCACGCUCCCACCCCCACCCCCCGCCUCCUACCCUCCUCCCCUCCCUCCUCCCUCCCCCUCAAACUUCCUCCUCCCUCCUCCUCCUCCUUCUUCUUCCUCUCGCAUCUCUCCUCCUCCACCUCCUCCUCUUCUUCCUCCUUUGGUUCUUCCUCCUCCUCCUCCUCCUCUCCCUCCAAGUGGACUUCAGUGUGGAAGAAACUUAUAAACAGAAGAGAAUAUUGGAAGGCACCCCCGCCCCCCCCGCCCCCGCCGUGCCCCCCCGCCCCCCCUCCGCCCCGCCCCCCUAGGUCACGGAGGAACAGCUCGGACAACCACCACCUCCACCACCACCACCAGCUGCCAUCACCACCCUUCAUCACCGCCACCACCACCACCACCACCGCCACCAUGGAUUCAAGAAUAGGAUUAGAUUAUAUCGUUGAGAACAAGGAAUACACGACGAAAUUGGCCGCAGCGCUGGACACAAACAACGUCACCAUUAAGAAGCAAGUUUUCGAGCUGCUGUCCGCUCUAUGUGUCUACAACAGCGAUGGCUACCACAGGACCCUCGACGCCCUGGACCACUACAAGACGCUGAAGGGGGAGCGAUACCGGUUCAAGGUGGUGGUUAGCGAGUUGAAGGGCGCCGCCUCGGGGGACUACCAGACCGCCCUUAUCGCCUUCGUCAACUGUCUCAUCAUCUCCACCCCGGGCCUGCAUGACCGCAUGAGACUCAGAAAUGAGUUCAUAGGUCUCAAGAUACUGGACGUCAUUAACAAACUCAGGCAAAGCGUCGCGGGGGAGAGUGACUUGGCGGUUCAGCUUGACGUGUUUGAGGAGCAGCGCGAGACGGACGAGGCGCAGCUGACGGGGCCUCACGACGUGGACCUCUCCUCGCCCCUCGAUGUCUUCUACGCCAUUCUGCGACAGGUGGCGGACACGCCGCAGGAGGCGCCCUUCCUGGCCGUGCUGCAGCACCUGCUGAGCAUUGACCCGCGCGAGGCCAUGAGCGACGUGGUGUGGGACACGGCGGAGCGGCUGCUGCACCGCGCCACGCUGCUGGAGGACGCGCGCGAGUCCGCCAGGCUGCUGCGCGCGCCCUCCCACCGCUCGCUGACCAAGCUGAAGGGCGAGGCGGCGCGCUGCCUCUGCUCCUGCCACCGCGACGACCCCAAGUCCCGCAAGGCGUCCCUGGCCACGCUCGGCCCGUCGCCUUGCUCGCCCCCGCCGCCCCCGGACGGCCCCGCGCCGCCCCCGCCGCCCCCCAUGCCCCCUGGAGGACCGCCGCCGCCGCCACCGCCGCCCUUGCCGCCUGGGUGUGGGCCGCCGCCGCCCCCGCCGCCGCCCGGAGGACCCCCACCCCCGCCGCCGCCGCCAGGAGGGCCGCCGCCCCCGCCACCCCCAGGGGGAGGGCCACCGCCGCCGCCCGGCCCCCCGCCGCCCCCGGGUGGAGGGGGACGCGCGGCGCCGCCGCCGCCGCCUAAGCAGAAGAUCCGCCUGCCGCAGAUGGAGACGCCCAAGCCGCGCGCCAAGAUGAAGACCUUCAACUGGAACAAGAUUCCCGACGCCAAGGUUCUCUCCGACCAGGACAACGUGUGGACGACCCUCGCGCGCCAGCACCAGCACAGCCCUAAGGCGGCGCUGGACUGGGCCGAGCUGGAGGGGCUCUUCUGCCAAGCCUCCUCACCCGCGCCGCCCAACCCCCGCGGACCCAGGGAUUCCACCCACGGCCCCCGCCCCGACGACCCCGCGGAGAAGAGGCGGAGGGAGAAUGCGGAGGUAAUCAAUAUUCUCGACGGAAAGCGAUCCCUCAACAUCAACAUCUUCCUCAAGCAAUUCAGAGUGCCUAACGAGGAGAUCAAGGAGAUGAUUAAGAACGGGGAACACGCGGACAUCGGCGCGGAGAAGCUGCGUGGCCUGCUAAAGAUCUUGCCGGAGAGCGACGAGAUUGAGAUGCUGCGUAGCUUCGAGGGUGACGUGACCAAGCUGGGCAACGCUGAAAAGUUCCUGCUUAUGCUCAUGGACGUUCCGCAGUACAAGCUGCGCAUCGAGGCCAUGUUGCUGAAGGAGGAGUUCGAGGCUACCAUGGACCAGAUCGAGCCCAGCGUCAACGCCGUCAUCUACGCCGCGCGGGACCUGCUGACCAACCCGCACCUCCACGAACUGCUCUACAUGGUGUUGGUGGCAGGGAACUUCCUCAACAGCGGCGGGUACGCGGGCAACGCCGCGGGCAUGAAGCUGUCCUCACUGCAGAAGCUGACCGACAUACGCUCCAACAAGCCGGGCAUCACGCUGCUUCAUUACGUGGUGCAGCAAGCAGAGAGGAAGGAUACCGACCUGCUGAAAUUCCCUGAUGAACUAUCCUGCUUAGAAGAGGCAACCAAAACCUCCAUGGAUCAGCUGAUGAACGAAAUGAAACAGCUGGACACACGCAUCGCUAAGAUCUCCCAACAGCUCCAGGCGCCCUCCACCUCGCCCGACAUAGUGAAGCAGAUGGGAAACUUUUUGCAGGUUGCCUCUAAGGACCUCUCGCUGCUGAAGGAGGGCGUGGAGGAGGUGGAGAGGGUACGCAAGGAGGUGGCGGAGUAUUUCUGCGAGGACUCCAUGGCGUUCAAAUUAGAGGAGUGUUUCCGGGUCCUCUAUACUUUCUGCAGCAGGUUCCGUUUGGCCAUCACGGAGAAUGAGCGUCGCAAGAAGCAAGAGGAACAGGCGGAGAUUCGUAGGAGGACCAGGGAGGAGAACGCGGUGAAGAGACGGUCAUCCUCACAAGCAGGUCAGCCGCGCCCGGGAUCGUUCAGCGGGUCAGAAACGGAGGUCAGUGUGGUUGAGAACUUACUGUCCGAUAUCCGCUCCGGGUUCACGCAGAGGAAGGCGGCGGAGAUUGCUUUAAAUAAGAACAAGCGCGGGAAGAAGCUGGAGGUGUGGCAAAACGGCGUGCCCACCUCGGAGGACGAGCUCUCCCUCUGCAACUCCCCCAGGCUGACCAGACGCAGAAUGGGCUCCUUCUCCGGCCCCAUGGCGCCCCAGGGGGAGGGUCAAGGGGGUGAUUCUCCGGACGUGACCCCCAACGGCAGCCUGCGUCGCCGCCGUUCUCGUGUGCCCAGUGAGGAAGACGACAACAAGCUGAUGGACUUCUUGCACACCGGAGGCCACGACGGGUCCAGGGAACGCAAGUCGUGGUCCGGCGUGGCUGAGGGCUACGGCUCCCUGGACCGCUCGUUCGUGCGUCGUAUGCGUGGCGGGGGGCGGACCAGACCCAACCUGCUGCUGUCGGAGGUGUCGGACCGCGAGCGCCCCUCCUCCCCCUCCACCUCCUCGCCCCUCACCACGCCCCUCGACAAGCCAGGCGGCCCCCCCGACCAGAACAGACCCAGCAAGAACUGGCGGCAGAAAAUUGAGUCGUGGUUUAAGGAGAACGAGAGGGAGGAACGGCAGUCGGAGGAGCUUAAGAGACGCCUUCACCAGCACCGCAAAUCCCUCGACCUCGACACUGCCCUGGACGAAGGUGGAGGCGGCGGCGUGGUGGCUCCCCCCUCCCCCCUCUCCACCCUCCCGGAAGACCGCCCGACGGACACCACGGACAGGACAACAGGUUACCGACGCGUCUACGAGGAUUGGCGACCGUCGGGAGGGAAGAACGACCAGACGAGGGCGAUGGAGUCGAUAGAAGAGGCCCAAUCCCCACUGCCCACGAAGGAGAAGGACAAAUCCCCGUGGAGGAAGAGCAACCUGAAUGUGGCAAACUCCAGCGAGGCCGCCACCCCCUCCACCACCUCCACCACCACCUCCACCGCCUCCCCCUCCACCACCUCCACCCUGACCUCGGCGUCCAGGAGGCUCAAGCGGCUGAGGUCAAGGUCAAACAUCGAGCCGGGUCAAGUGGUGCAGGCGAACCAGGCCUUCAAGGAGGAGGACGAGGAGGGUGUGGAGGACGGGGAGAGCAGCCGCAGAUCCUCCCUCAUCAAGACCCUGGGCCGCACUGACGCUGGAGACACCCUCAAGCUUUAUAUACGGCGGCCGUCCCAAGAAGACGACGAGGAAUUGGAGGAGGAGGAGGGCGGAGGGAAGGAGGGGCACGGGGGGAGGAAGAAGACUGCCCCCUCCGGCUCCCCCGCCGCCCCCGGCAAGGGGUCGUCGCCCCCGAGCCGCUCCGAACAGCUCAUCCAGAAAUACAAGAACUCCGUGGACGUGUCGGCCGACGUGCUGCGAUCCAUUGACGAGGCUGAGCCUCGCGCCCCCCGCAACACCGCCGCGGGUCGCCGUGGGGAGCGCCGCACUCCUGCGCCGCCCGCCGCCUCCGGGGCCUCGGUGCGGUCGGCGCUGCAGCAGCGACUGCGGGACAACCUGCAGCCGCGCCUGGCGGGGGCCAUGCGCUCCCUGGGGCCCGACCACGAGGAAGAGGAAGCCCCCCGCCCCCCCUCCGUGCCCCGACACCUGCGGCGGUCCUCGCGCGAGGAACCCGACGGCGGCGGCGGCGGCGGUGGAGAGGGCGAGAAGCUGGACAAGAUCGACAUCGACGCCGAAAACAUCGAGACGCCGCCGGCCACGCGGCGCGCGCUGGGCGGCCGCAGCUUCCGCGGCCUGAGCAGCGAGGGGCGGCGUGCCCUGGCGGGCGAGGUGCGGCGGGGCUCCGCGCCGCGUGCCGCUGUGGACAGCAGCGAGGGCGAGGGCGGCGCCAGCGAGGCGGAGAGCCGCGGGGCGCAGCGCUUCCGGCGGCUGGCGGACCUGGCGCGCGACGGCGACAGCGAGACGGAGAACAUGCUGGCCCGGCAGGGGCGCGACCCCCCCACCGCCGUGGCCUCGCCUCCCGCCUCGCCGCCUGCCGACGACGACGAGGGCCUCGGCGACGGCCGCUUCGACAGGUUUUCGUCGGUGCGCAAGACGCUGCGUCACCGGCGGGACGGGCGGCCCGGCCAGGACGGCGCCGCGGAGGACAGCGCGACGCGGCUGCAGCGCUGGCAGCAGCAGCAGCAGCAGCAGCAGCAGGAGGAGGAGGGCGGCAAGUCCCCGGACUCGUGGCGCGACAAGCUGGCGCGGCGGUUCCGUCCCGGCGAGAAGUACGAGGUGGCGGCGGCGGCGGCGGCAACGACGCCUCGCGCCCCCGCCUCGGAGCGGCUGCCGCGCCGCAACAAGGAGGCCGCAGCCAUCAACACACGCGGCUCCUUCCGCGGCCUGAGCUCCUCGGCGAGCGGCGGCGGCGGGGAGGAGGGAGAGAGGCGGCGCUCGGCGUUCGGCGAGGGCGCGGCGCGGGGCGUGGGCAAGCUGUUCUCCCGCCUGGAGGGAGGACAGGCGCGCCGCGCCACGCAGGACCCCGCCCCCAAGGCAGCCGCCGCCGCAGCCCCCCGCGGGUCCCUGGCGUCGGCGCGCUCUGGCUCCCGCUCCUCCCUGCGCUCCUCCCGCUCCUCCCUCACCUCCGCCGCCUCCGUCAGCACCGUGCGCCCCGCGCGCCCACCAUCACGCUCUGCCUCCGCCAGCAGCGUCUCGGGGGCCGGCGGCUCGGCCGCCCCGCGGGGGUCGGCGGGCGGCGCGGCGCGGGGCCUGGGACUGCGGGGCCUGGGGCGGGCGGGGCGAGGCGGCGGCGAGGACUUCGAGGUAACGCAGAGCUCCCCCGCCACGCCAAAGGGGGAGGCCGCCCCAGCGGCCUUCCCAGAGCACGGCCGCUCCUCGGGGUCCCUUCCAAGCUCCGGGGGGGCGGCCACCCCCGCCCGCCCCCUGUCCCGGGCUGACUCCGCGCGCUCCACGGGGUCCCUCAGCAAGCAGUCCAGCGAAGGGUCGCUGCGACCCGCCGUACGCUCCGCCAGCAGCGCCGCCGCGUCCCGCGCCAAGCGGCCCCUCGCCCCGGCGCAGGUGCGCCCCCUCGCCGCCGCGGACAACCGCGCACGGCCAGCGGGCGGCGGCGGCGGACGUGCGGGCGGCGCCAAGGUGCGGCGCGGCGACUCCGGCAGCAGCAAAGAAAACCUGAGCCGCUCCUCCUCCGGGAACAGCCGCGCGCCGCCCCCCGGCCCCGCCCCCGCCCCUCCCAGGCCCGGCUCAGCGCAGCGCAGGGCCGCCACGGCGGGCAAGAGCGGCGGCAGCAGCGGGGGGACGGCCAGGAAGGGGGGCGCCCUACCCGCCUUCAUGCGGCCCACCACGUCCUCCUCCUCCAAGGGGGGCGUCGACGGGGGGCAGGCGCUCCCCCGGGGCAGGACCCGCGGCACCCCUGCCACCUCCCGCACCUCCCUCAAGUAGGCCCCGCCCCGCCCCGCCCCGCCUUAUCCGGGUUACCUGAGUGAUAACCACUGGACCAAGGCGCCCUGCCCCGCCCCGCCCCGCCGCGGCGCCGCGCACCGACGAUAACGACGACUGUGUAGUGCUGCUGCCCCGUCAUUACGGUCAUUGUUACAAGAGUAUCAUUAUUGUUUUCAUAACUAUGUUCAUUAUUACUACUUCAAUUAUUAUGAUCAUUGUUCGUCCGGUCGUCGUCGUCGUCCCGCGGCAGCAGCGUGACCAAGGUGCUCCGUGAGGGGGAGGGGAGGGAGGAGGACUGGAGGGAAAAAAUAUAUUAUGUAAACAAACAUGUAUAAAAUAGAGUAACUAAGCGGCAGGCAGCCCCCGCCCCCCGCCCCCCCCAGUCUGUUACCCCUGUCCGUGCCCCCUUGUCCCCUCUACCCCCCUCCCCUUCACCCCCCGCCCCCUCACCCCCCGCCCCCCAUGUCAAAAAUAGGCUUAAGUUUAGGCCUUCCAGGCGUCAAGAAGCGAGUCAAACGAUAAUUAUUAUUAUUAUUAUUAUUAUUAUUAUUAUUAUUAUUAUUAUUAUUACGAUGAUUAAUAUUACAGCUAUUCUUACUAUACCUAUAAAUAUAUCUUACCAACAUACAUACAUACAUACAUACAUACAUACAUGCAUACUUUAUAUAUAUGUAUAACCCCUUUGUAAUAUAUUAGAGUAUAUUAUCAAUAUUGUCAUUAUUUAAUUAACUAUUUUUACGGGCGUGUCUUUAAUAAUUUUUAGUUAGUCGUGUAAUAUAAAAAAAAUGUCUCUGAUUCGUCUAUUGUAAAUUUAUAGAAAAAAAAAGAACUUGUAUUAAAACCUCCAUGUAUACUA